AUUUUUCACCCUGCAUGCACAGUUCUUGCAGCCUCAGUGCUUCAAGGGGAGAUGAUGGUUCUGACAACAAUACUGGGUGCUUCUCCAUUUUCAUAGUCUCAUUGACCUGCAUAGUACCUGCUCUCAGGGCUCCAUUAGUUACUUCCCUCUCAUAUCUUAAUACAAAGAAUACUUUGCUGGCACAGCAUGGUCCUGGCUUUUCCAGCAUGUCUCAUAAUUAACGGUUCCAGCAGCCUGCAACGUGAACAAGUGAAAGCAGGAAUGGAGAAAGAUGCCAACAAGAGUCAGGAAGUUAAGAAACAUGUACGCCUGCAGGAUAGAAGGGGCUCCAAUGUGUCACUGGUCCUGGACAUGACUUCCCUAAGCACCACAGAGCCCAUUCAAUCAGUCUCCACACCUAGAGAUGUAACAGUGCAGCUCCUGAACACAGCCAGCCAUGUUCUUUCUCAGAAAAUGCUCCAGGAGCAGAGCUGGGGACUGGAGCAACUUCAAGAGGAGUUUGCGAAAAUCCCAUCAAACUUUAUUAGUCCCGAAGAGCUGGACAUCCCUGGACGAGCUUCAAAGGACAGAUACAAAUCCAUUCUACCAAAUCCCCAGAGCCGUGUCUGCCUCAAAAGAACUGAGAGCCAAGAAGAGGAGUGUUACAUCAAUGCAAACUACAUCCGGGGUUAUGCUGGGCAAGAGAAGGCCUACAUUGCCACACAGGGACCCAUGCUAAAUACAGUUAAUGACUUCUGGACAAUGGUGUGGCAGGAAGAAUCUCCUCUCAUAGUUAUGCUCACCAAACUCAAGGAAGAGAAAGAGAAAUGUAUCUGUUACUGGCCUGAAACAGAGGCAACGUAUGGGUCUUUCACUAUCCAACUUCAAGGCAUUUGCAAAUGUGACGAAUACACCAUCCGUAACUUUAUGCUACAGAUCAAAGACAAGUGUCGUACUGUGAAGCACAUUGUCUUCUCAUCCUGGCCAGACCAAAAGACUCCAGAAUCAGCCAAGACACUUUUGCACUUGAUUUCAGAGGUGGAGAAAAUCCAGCAGGCCUCAGAGAGCAUGGGACCUAUUGUGGUACAUUGUAGUGCUGGAAUUGGCCGGACUGGCUGCUUUAUUGCUGCACAGAUUGGAUGCCAGCAACUGAAGGACAAAGGAGAAGCAGAUAUUUUGGGGAUAGUCUGCCAACUUCGCAUAGACAGAGGUGGAAUGAUACAAACCAGUGAACAAUACCAGUUCCUCCACCAUACUUUGGCCAUGUAUGCUUCACAGCUUCCUGAGAUCACAGACUCCUGAUGACAUCUUUUUGUUUGUCUGCUACUUGAUCCUUGGCUUAUAGUGCUGACAGCAUUGUAGAAAAAACUAUUUAUAUUUCAACCAUAAUGUAUACAUGAAGAACUAUUGAGUUAUUGACUGAACACACUUGGAAUGCAUUUUUUUCUGAAACCAGACUUACAAUUUAAUUUUUUGUUUACUUUCUUAACAAUCUGUGUAAAACCAAAUCUUGCUUUCAGGUUAAUUGAAAAUAGUUUAUUCCAGAUACAUGACUGAUAAUUGAAUUCACUACCCCAAAAUAUAUUAUAUCAUCCUAGUAGACCAAGCUUGCUGUAAUUGCAAAAAUAAAAGAGGUCAUAUUUCAUCAUAAUGGAAAGCUAGCCUCAUGGGUAUAUGGCAAGCCUCAUAUAACGUUUCUAGGCUGAGCUAUACUAAAGGCCUGGUUGAGACAAGAUGCUGUUUUAAGAAAAGCCAUAAUAUAAAUAAGUUUUCCACAUCUGCCAAUCCUAUUGACAUGCAGUGAUCAUGGAGAAUAUCCCAUUCUUGUGUGAACAUCAACACACAGUGAUCUUAUUCAGAACAUCUAGUAUCUUAAUGCUAUCUAUAACUGGAAUGGUGCAAAUGAUAAGUGCUUUUAAACAUGGCCAGGCAAAGAUGGGAAAUUUAUAUAGGCCAUCUAGUCUACAUGCUUUUAGCCAGAAGGUGGAUGCAGAGUAGAAUGAAGGGUGAACCCUGGCACCACAAUAAUUGGAAAGAGAAAGCUAAUUAGGUAGACUUCCUGGAGGGUCUUUGCAAGUUGUAGCAACAUAUCAAUUAUGCCUUACAAAUUGCAGCAAGCUGCUGCUCUCCUAGCCAAACUGGAAAAUUUGCACCCUCAUCCCUUCCUGCCCCAAGAAAAUUGGAGACUUAGGUUAGGCCUUGAUAUCUAACAACUCUGUUGUCUACAACACACUUCAACAGAUGCAGUCCAUGGAAAUAUAUGCCAAAUAAAAUGGAUUAGUCUUUAAAAUUUUGUGGGUUUUCCCCCUGAAUUAACUAACAUUAUUAUUUGCAUAUGAUCCUCCUCUCCUUCUGUAGUCACUAAUCUACCACCACCAUCCCCUUUCCUCUGAGCAUUCCUGGAGUAGAUAAUGAUUUAGAAAUUUAUCUUCCCCCUGGAAUGGUUGAAGUUUCUUUGGCAAAGAGAACUCUCAGUUGGGUAUGUGCAACAAAUAUUUUCUUCUUACAUCUGCAGGUGUUCUGUUUCUCCCUAAGUAUUCUAUAAAACAAAGCUAUAUGUUUUGUUGCAUCAAUAGCUAUGGCAUUCGUCUGGCUUUGGACAUGUAUAUUUCCCCUCCAAAUCUCCUCCUUUGAAUCCAGAAGACAUUUCUUUUGAAUUGCUUUCAUUAUGCUGAUUGUGCAUAAAGAAACAAAUAUAGAA